GUAUCAAUAUCUAAUAUCAUUUUUAUUUAAUUAAGGGUCAAAGUUUACAAAUUUUGACCACAAAAUGUCAAAAGUAGACAAAUAUUUUGAGACGGAGGGAGAACCAUUUUUGUACUGUGGAAGUAAAUACUGGGGAUAGGGGAGGUGGGGCGUUUAGUUUACCUCAAGUCCUCAACGCCACAGAAUCUCCGCCUCCGCACCGCCGCCGUCGUCGCCAUCUUCUCCACCACCGGUCGACGUUGGGGCUAUCGUGGCUGCAAUACAACGAAUGGGCAACAAACCUGCAAAGCCAAAGCGAGGGGAUGAUGUGGUGAUGCUGAAGAUUGUGCCUCCUAUAGAUCAGGACUUUGUGCGGCUGCUCUUUCGGGAUGUGGAGAGGAUCCAUGGAUUCACCGUGAGGAACCCUCGCGCCAUCAAGCCCCCGGAUCACUACAUUGAGUACAUGCAGCUGAAUGGAUUGUUGGAUUUAGACUUGGAUGACCCUGACUUGGCUCAUCUCUUCAAGUAGAUCCCACCCCCUUGUGAUUCUUGAAAUAGAAAAUUGUAUUUUAAUCCCAAUGACGACGCUUGCAUAGACAAUAACGUACAGACUGUUAGUGACAGUUUGUCAGUGGCAGUUUGGCACUGCCAGUGUGACAUUGGCAGUUUGGUACUGUCAUUGUGACACUGGCAGUUCAUUGCCAGUGUGACGGUGGCAAUUCCAUUUGAAAAAUAAGGCAAUCUACUGUGACGGAGUACGUGAAUAUUGUGUGUUUUGCGUUGAAUAUGGUGUUGGAUGAAAUACAUUUUAUGUGUUGCAUAUGGGUUGAAAAAUCUGUUUUUUUUCAUGGAAAAGAAAUUACUCCAAUCACU